GUUGUACAUCACCCUCCUGGUAGAGGCUCCGUCGUUUGGUUUAUAAACCCACGCACACCCGCGUUAAAGCGACAUAGAGAAAAUGGCCUCCAUCUUUGCCAACUCAUCCGUUGUCGCGAGCUCCGACUUCGCUUCCGUCAAGACCAUCCCGGCAGGGCUCCCACUCAUUUCUAAUGUCACGAAUCUACUACCCACUCCAUUGUUGCGAGGUAUAGCGUUCGGAAUCCUCCUGUCGAUCGCGCCAAUGCUCUAUGCCGAGACCAUCUAUCAAGUCACUCGUCUGAUGUAUCAGGCUGGUCACUUGAAGCGAUAUUACCCUCUACCCAAGGAUCGUAACUACUCAAGCGUAUAUGCGACAGUUCUAUCCUUCGUCGUUCCAUGCACAGUAUACGGACACGUUGUUACUCAAGGGCCAUGGAUAUGGGAGGUUCCAAGCUUUACCAGCAUCACCCUUUCUACCAUCGGAUAUAUGCUCAUGCACGACUGGUUCUUCUACCAAGGGCAUCGAUUCUUCCACGCAAAUAAAUGGUUCUACAAGAUGCUUCAUGAAGCUCAUCAUGAAUACUCGCACGCGAUGAACGUCUUUGUUGUGGGCUAUGCAGAGAUGAUGGAGAACUUCAUCAUGGUGGGCUGGCCAUGGCUAUUCUGGACAGUAGUUAUCCACCAUUACGGUAACCAGAACUUGGCCAUCCUUGCCCCGCCACUAUCAAUCACCGCCUUCACUACGCUCAUUGGCCACAGUGGUUAUAAAUACCACGUGUCGUUCGCCAUGUUCCACCCAUUGAUCAUCCCUUUCCUCGUCCCCGGAAUGUCCAAAUACAUGCUCACCCCUGGUGAUCAUCAAGUUCAUCAUAGUCACCGCCGCUUCAACUUUGGGCUUUUCUUCCGUAUGUGGGACUACAACUACGGUAGCUACAAGAAGUGUGAGGUUUGGGCGCGCGACGUUCAUUACUGGAGGAAGUUCGUGGCAGAGAAUCCAGACUACAAGACGAACAAGGCCAAGGUUGGAUUCAAUCUCGCUGAGACCGAGUGGGGUUUCUGAGGAGCAGUUCAUCUCGCAUCACAUUGCAUCUUUACGGCGGCGUCACUUUCGCAUUUCCUCAUUUGAAGCUAUGUUCUUGUCACGAUUAUCGAUUUUUCUCCCAUCACGGUUCAUUAUAUCGUUUCGGACCACUGUGUUUAGUAGGGUCUUUCCCCACUAUGUAGCCUCAAUUCCUUGUUCCUUGCUGUUUUAUUUAUGCGCUGCCGAGCUUGUUAACGUCCGUUUACCUGCAUGUAGAUAUCCCGCAAUGCCUCUAGUAAG